CGACCAGAGCCAGUGCCACUCUGGUCGUCAGCGAGGGAGGUUGUUGCGUCCGCCGUCCUUCCCCCUCGGAAUAUGCUCCCAUGAAAAAAGGCAAAAUCAAGCAGUGCAAAUCCCUGAAUGAACUGUGCAGGUACACACAGUCGUAAAUACACACAGCCGUGCACGUGAGAGAGACCAGAAGCACGGAGUGAAGCAUGCCAAAAACCCCGUGCACGUGGUAGCAGCAGCGUCGGGUAGGCCCCCGUGACCCAAAAGGCUUACUUACACACCGUACAGAAGAGCCGAGCAGGUAUACGAAUCCACAUUGUGCACUGCAAGCUCCCCGACCCGGCCAGAGCGAGGUCAUGGGAUUUCGGUGACUGCAUUGUGACUCUACUGACGGCGAAGAAGGAGGCUUCAAGUAGUUUCAAGGCGUCACGAAAGAGAGACCCCAAUCUCGUUCCAAAAAAGAUCUACCCAGAUGUGAAGAAGUUGCAAGAGACGAGUGUGAAAUAUACAGAAAAAAAAAUCAACUAAAGCCCGGUUUUGUGUGAAGGAUCGAAAAAAGAAGUUUUUAUUUGUUUAUACUGUUUUGUGCUGACUAUGUUAAAUGUACAAAAGAAAUAGAAAUAACACAAUAAACGAAGAGUAUAAAUACACUCGUAGAUUACUAGGAAUACAAAUAAAAGCAAGCGGAAAUUAUUAAUGAAGAAAAAAAUGAAAGGUAAAUGUCAGUGCUAGACGCUUGUGUGGUUAGAACUGAUUAUGAUGCAUUAAGACAAGGAAACAAAAACUGACAAUGAAUUUUAAAAAAUGAAUAAUGUUUCAUCUAGUGUAUUCCUAGCUUCAUGUGACACGUGUGAAUCUAGGCAGUCUUUUUACUUUGUUAUCGGUAAGAAGAACAGGUGACGACAAGUACUAUGGUGUUAUUCAGAAACCUUUGUUAUCAUUGUUAUCUAAAAUCAGAAACUGGUAUUUAACCCGUCAUAAUAACACGUCUUAUUCCUAAAUGUGUGCUGCUAAGUGAUUCUUAUUGUUGAGUUAUUUGUUGAUAAAUAUAUACUCUAUAUCCUGUAUCGCAUCCGUAAGUGUGUACGAUGAACAAGAAAAGAGGUUUGGCUAAUAUGACGGCAGCAACACCUCAGUAAUGGAAGCCACACUGACAACAAGAUGCCUCCAGACAGCUCUCUCCUCGUCGCCGCCAUCCGCUGUCACUUCCCAACAGACACUCGCAGAUCAGAAGCCUUCCCAGGAACUCUCUCCCGAUUCGGGGAACGGAGAAGACCUGGACGAGUUUGAUCCUCUGAAGGCCUCCCCGAAAUGCUCUGACACGAAGAACGAAAGCGACCAGGAAGCGCUGAGGAGUCUAAGUAACUCGACGAUCUCCCCGUUCGACUGUCUCGACAAGGGCAGAGAUAUGACAGCAGUGGAAUCGGCGGAGGCCAACCAGCUAAGUGUCGAGAAGGACGGUUCACCGGAGAGUGAGUCAGGAGGACAAGUAACUAUAGAUAGUCACAAAGAAAGAUCAAAGGAAAGUGAAAGAAAAGAACAGUUCUCAACACUCAGUGAAAAAGAAGCGAAUUUGAUAUCAUUGGAGGAAAAGCCACAAGUCUCCCUAAUUUCACCAAACCUUGGUGCGCAAAAUAUACCUAAAGAGAGUAUUGUACAUUAUUCAGAUGCUUUUAACAAUAGAGUGCUUAAUUCCUCCAUCCUCGCUACAUGUGGUUCCUCCCUCCCAUGUGGACCUUUUUCUAGAUCUUGUACACCCAUAAAAAAGAACCAACAGCACCAAGAAAUGAGUGGGCCAUUCAGUCUCCCUGAAGGAAAAGGGGCAUUACAUGAUGGUAUAUUUAAAACUCUGCCAUAUCAGCUUAACUGUGAUAAAACAAAAAGAGGACCCUUCAGUAUCCAAAGCCUUGAAACAGCACAGGAACCAACAACAUGUACAAACCUUUACUACCCUGAGUAUUAUAGUAAUUAUCGUAGUCGUCUCGUAAGGAGGUAUACAAAUCCAGAGGUUGUGAGAACACAGCCUAUGUCAGGGGGCCUUCUAACCACGUCUUGUGAGCUUAUAACAUCUCUGCCGGGACAGUGCGCAUGUGUCAACCCUGGUACGAGCCAUGCCUGUGCAGCCAGACCCACACAUAAAUUGUCUCCAGGUGUUCUCAACCCAGUCUUUGACCAAGGAAGUUGUGAAACGCGUGUUACUUUUGCCUCGAUGCCUUCUACACCAAGAAAAUUUUCACUUGAUCUAAAUUAUAUUCCAAGAGAUUUCAGUUUACCUGAAUUUCCUCAAACAGCCGUAUCCUCUGUCAUUCCCAUCCGUCUAAAGGAGGGAACUCAACUUGUCUCUCUUGAUUCAGCCAAGCCUGAGUAUCAGUGCCUCUCGUCGCAGCCUUCUCCGCCUAUUGUCUCUUCGUCUGAGGAUCAGAACAAUCACUGCCAUCAAAACACAGACACAAAUUCUUCUGCAAUAUCCCAGGGAGUAUCAGAAUCUUCCUUCAGUGUAACUACAAGUAGCUCAGCUUCUGGUACAGGUUUACAAUCCUUAGCCUACAAAGACCUGGGCAGAGACCUCCCCAGCCUUAAUGCUAUGGCAAAGGUGCUAGGAACGGUGAGGAGUAGUGUGAAACCUCCCGUUCUCACCUCACCAGACUGGUUUAGUUUCUUAACUCCAUCCCAGGAAUCUUACACUCAAAAGCUCUUCACUCCUGGGGAUCUGCAAGACGAACUCAUGUACCCUGCGCCAUAUGGGAUCGCUUCAGAAGUCUAUCAAAAUAUCAAUGCUCAGGAAGCUGACUUUGUCCUCCUUAAACCUAGUCGGAAGCCUAGAACGGAACCUUUGCCUCCACUUUCAAAGGCAGACACAGCACCCAAGGAUAGUGAUUCUAAAACAUCAAAUACAGUAAAGACUACUGAUGUGAGCUCAUCAUCACAGCCUACUACACAGUGCGAGACCACCAACAUUCAGAAUAAAAUCACUACUACCUUAAGUUCUGAAACGAAAAAACCUGAGAGUCCUGUGGGUUUAAUUGAACCUUUGGCGACAGAGGAUGAGGAGGCACUGAAGGAAGGUGCACAAGAGAGUAGAAAAUUAAGCUUGAGUGAGAGGAGGAAAACCAGCCUCGAUAAAAUAUACAUACCCAGAGCAGUGGAACCAGUUUCGGUCUUGGAUGUAAAAAUUGAUAACUUUGAUAGGGAUGAAUAUGUGUCAUACAAGAAGACUCUUGGUGAAAAUGAUGUACUCAUACCUGACUGCCCUCUCCUUCCCUGCAAUUCGAUGCUUACAGACCUUUCAAAGAUUGCCAAAACGAGAAGAAACUCCAAAGGAAACAAGAGCACUGAUUCCGAAAGGUCACGAAAAUUACCAAUCAUAACAGAUCACAUAAUGGAGACAAAUCUUGAAAAUCUUAGCAAAAGCCGUGAGCAAAAGACUCCCUCUAGAAAACAAAGCAUACCAAAGAAUGAGGUUCCUCAAAAGGACAAUGAAAAUGUUAAAAAUAAUUUGAAAACAACGAAAGACAAGGAAUAUGACCAGCCGUCACAUGAAAAUGAAAAGAAUACCGAUAAAUCAACAGAUAUUAAAGACAAUAAUAAUUAUAUCAACAAUAAUAAAAAGUCUCAGAAAAACAUGGCAUCCCCUGUGACGUCUCCCACGGUGGAAGACCCAUUUUUCCUUCAAGAUCAAGCACUGCCAAAGAGACCAAAUGCUCUACGCAAGCAGUCCCUUCCGACGGAGGAACUGUUUGGAGCGAGGCGCCCAAGAGCCAAUAGGAGAUCUAGUCUUAACCCUUCGUCAGAUUUUCUACAGCCUGGAAGGGCUGCGUGCAGAGGUUCCUUUCCCACAGUCCGAGAGACGGAGGAACACAAUUUCCUGUUUGAGGAUGAUGCCCCCAGGAGAAAAUUGUGGCACCGACGACACGUCCUGAACGCCCGCAACGGAGAGGACUACUUUGUUCCUCCGUCUGAAAAGAAGGAGGGAAGCCCUGAGCGCCCAGGGAGAGGAAGAAGCAAAACUGGGCAGCGCAGCAAUUAA